GACUUCGUCGUUCUCUGUCGCGAUCACUGCGACCUGUCGGUGUAUAAUGAUGCGCGUCGCAGACGUCGUAACCGAAAUGGACUGGUAUAAGGUCAUCGAUACCUUGGACUGCAUGCUGAAGCUCUCUCCUCUUAACAGUGAGAUAAGAGGCAUGAAGUAUGAAAGCGAUCUGAUAUCUCGUUUAUUGCGCAAUCAAGAGGUUAUGAAAUUUCUAUCCUUGUGGCUGAAAGAUCUCUAUAAUGCGAAAGACAAGAGGAAACAACGGAAGAACCUUGAAAUAUCAACAGCAUUUAAGGUAGCUGGGAACAAGGAGUUCCAAUCAAAAAAAUAUGCUGCGUCUUUAGAACUGUAUACGAAAAGUGCAUUAUAUGCUCCUGCAAACAGUGUAGAUUUGUCAAUAGCGAUUGCAAAUAGAUCAGCCUCUUUAUUCUAUUUGGACAGAUGGCAGGACUGCAUCAACGAUAUCAAAUUGGCAAUUAAAUUAGGCUAUCCUGAAAAUUUACGUUACAAACUACACCUACGUGCGGCUCAGUGUCACAUAAAAUUAGGUAACAGAAGAUUAGCUGUUGAAACUGUUUUACAAAUGCACAGUAUAUUAAAUCAGCGUAAUAUACCAAGUGAAAAGAAAGAACGAUUGCAGAGGCAAGUGAAUGACAUAACAUCGAAAAUAUCAUGUAUGGAAGAUGAUGCUGAUAAUACGACUGAUACCACAGAAUUUCCUUCACAGCCUGAAGUCGCAUAUGGUGAAAAUCCAAAUUUUCGAUUUGCAUCAGCGGCUAUAGAAGUAAAAUAUACUGCAGAAAAAGGUAGAUACGUUGUGGCAAAUAGAGAUAUCAAAAGAGGCCAGGUUCUAAUCGUUGAAAAGGCAUUCGCUUUUGUUCCAUUAUCUCAUGUUAAAGUUGAUAUUUGUUACAACUGUUGUCGCUCAUCCGGUGAUACUCCUGUUCCAUGCACAGAAUGUGUCGACAGUACAUAUUGCAAUAUUGAUUGCUGGGAUGAAGCUCGUUCGUCUUACCAUCGUUGGGAAUGUCUCGGCAAUCAAAUGGGUCUUUGGCCGCAGAUUGGAAUAUCAUACUUGGCUAUAAGAAUGUUGUUUAAAUGUACAACUGCAACUGACGACAACAGACUUAAUGAAGUACAAGAAUUAGUGACUAAUUUUUCCAAACUCCCACCGUGCGAUGUUAUUUCGUAUGGAGUCACAGCAAUUAUGCUUAUGAUGUAUCUAUCAAAAUAUACAGAUUUUUUUAAGGUUAUCAAUCUUAAAGAAUGUUUAAUAUCAAAAUUGUCUAACAAUUUCAACUGUGACCUUACGACAGAGAGCGAUGAACGAUUGUAUGUAAGUUCUCUACUGUUGAGACACAUAUUACAACUUAUUUCUAAUGGGCAUGCUAUCACAAAGAUAAACGCUAUAGCAGAUAAUAAUAAAAAUAAACUGCUUAUUCAACAACAAGAUAGAAUAGCUACAGCGAUUUAUCCCUCUGCAAGUAUGAUGAAUCAUUCUUGUGAACCUAAUAUAAUUAAUAGUUUUUUAGGACAUAUUUUAAUAACUAAAGCCACUCAAGAUAUUAUGGCGGGCGAAGAAGUUUUUAAUUGUUAUGGAGCUGAUUUUAGAAGGAUGCCGAGAAAAGAAAGACAAGAUAAAAUGGAAAGUCAAUACUGCUUUAAGUGCAAUUGUGCAGCAUGCACUAUACCAGAAUAUGAAGAUACUUUAAAAAAAUUUACUGCGAUGAAGUGUCCUGAAUGCAGUGGACCAUUAAACGAUAAUCGCCAAGCUCAUAUGUCCUGCAUAGAUUGUGGAGUGGCAGUCUAUCAUGAUACUUAUGAUUUUACGUUGAUACAAGCUCAACAAUAUUUUGCUAAAGCAGAAAUGUGCAUAGAGGAUGAAAAAUACGAAGAGGCAUUAGUUAAAUUGAAAGAAUGUCUGCUUCUUAGAAAAGGUGCAUUAUAUAAGUGUCACGAGAAUAUUACCACCACCAUGGAUCUCAUAGCAAAGGUGUACGCUAUUAUGGGACAAUGGUUAAAUUCAAUUUCAUAUCUCGAACAUAAUCUCGUAACGAUUGAAGAAAGAUAUGGCUUUUGGAGCAUUGAAGUUUGCAAUGAAAUAAAUAAAUUAACAGAUAUAUGCCUGCAAUAUUUACAGGAGGAACCUAAUACUACAUCAAAAUUUUACAAGAAUGUGUUGAAGAAAACACGGCGAUACUUAAAUCGUGCUCAAGAAAUUAUAGAUCUCACAUAUGGUCCAUGGAACGAAGUUUACCGCGAAAUUGCUGUAAAAAAGGAGAUUCUUUCUUCUAUUUUAAAAAAUUUCAACGUCUGAUAUUUAUGUGAGCAAUUUGUAACGUUUAUCUUUAACAGAUAAACGAAUAAAAAAAAUCAUAGGAAAGCGUUUACUUCACAUAUUUUUUGAGUGUGUAAAGAUCAUUGUUAUCACUUAAUUUUUUUUAUUGUAUAUAUUUUGUUUAUGUAUUUUCAAUAUAUUAAUUAUAAUCUAUUUAUAUACACAAUGAUCAAACAAUUAUUGUUUAAGAUAUUAAAUCAUAUAUAUACAAUAACUGUGUUUAUCACAAAUUUUAUUUGUAAUACUUGUAAGCUAAAUUUGAACUUGAUUAAAGAAUGUUUUCAGUA